GACGCUACUCAGUUGCCGAGAAAUCAGAAAGCAGCACAGAGGUGGAGGAGUUCGCAUUCUCAACAGUGUAUAAUGUAUCAGCCACCAAUACUGGGUAGAAGAACAAGUUCACUGAAACCAUGGAUGAUUGCCCUUAUUAUCACAGCUGCUGUGUUGGUUCUAGCAAUAAUCAUCGGUCUCCUUGUUUAUUUUUUGGAAUUUGAUCAGAAGUCUCACUAUUACCAAAUCUCCUUCCAGAUCCCUAGUAUUGAAUAUAAUCCUGCUUUUUCAGUAGAACACUCAAAAAUUAGGACUGACCUGAAACAAAAAAUCAGUGAUGAGAUAGAUAAGACAUUUCAAAGAUCCAGUUUAAAUCGUCAUUACAUCAAGACUCAUGUUGUCAACCUUAGGUCAAGUAAUGAUGGUCUGAAAACAGAUGUAUUGCUUAAAUUUCAGUUUGUGUCUAGCAAUGCAGACACAAUAAAAAGGCAAGCUGAUAACAUUUUGUGGCAGAAGUUGAAAUUAAAUGAAAGCUUCUUGAAGAUAGACACUUCAUUACCUUAUCUUAGAGAUAUAAAUGAAGCACAAGCAGAGCACAUUCUGAAUAGCUGUUGUGGUUUAGGGAGGGAGCCCCCGUCCAUGGAAAGAAUUGCUGAUGGUUAUACUGCAAAGAAAGCUGAUUGGCCAUGGCAAGCCAGCCUGCAGAUGGACGGCAUACAUUUCUGUGGAGCAUCUUUGAUCAGUGAGGAGUGGCUGCUGACUGCCGCUCACUGCUUUGACACUUACAAAAACCCCAAACUCUGGACGGCUAGUUUUGGAACAACCCUGAACCCUCCACUGAUGAGAAGAAAUGUGCAGUCAAUUAUUGUUCAUGAAAACUAUGCUGCCCAUAAGCAUGACGAUGACAUCGCUGUGGUGAAGCUUUCCACCCCGGUAAUGUUUUCUGAAGAUGUGCACAGAGUCUGUCUCCCGGAUGCUACUUUUGAAGUCUUGCCUAACAGUAAAGUGUUUGUCACUGGAUGGGGAGCAUUAAAAGCAAAUGGUCCCUUCCCCAACACUUUGCGACAAGUUGAAGUAGAGAUCAUAAGUAACGAUGUAUGUAAUCAAGUUUAUGUAUAUGGUGGUGCUGUAUCAUCAGGAAUGAUAUGUGCUGGAUUCUUGACAGGAAAACUAGAUGCCUGUGAGGGUGAUUCUGGCGGACCUCUGGUUAUAGCACGUGACAGAAACAUCUGGUACCUUAUUGGAAUAGUAAGCUGGGGAAUAGACUGUGGCAAAGAAAACAAGCCUGGAGUUUAUACCAAAGUGACUCGUUAUCGGGACUGGAUCAAAUCUAAAACUAACAUUUAAUGCAACAUCUACCUCUACAUCCAAAAUGUAAAUGUUAUGUGUGGUCUGUAGCAAAUUGUGUGUUUAGCAUGUGUUGCCGUGUAUAUUGUCAUCAGUUUCAGGAUGCAAAUAAGUGCGAUCUGACAAUUCUCCCCUUAAACAUGAAGAAAGCAGGCUUUCUUCCACCUCACCUGAAGUGCUUUGCUGACCAUGAGCAUACAAGAUACUGUCAACUCCACAGAGCUGCUGCUGCCAUUGCUGCUAAGUGUCUCUGAUUACCUCCUUGCUCAUCUUUCUGUCCAUACUACACACUUCUCAUUUUAGAAUAAUCUAGCAGCUUUAUCAGAUAAGUAACAAGUGGCUAAGCAUUCUCUAUUUUCUCCCUGACAGAGCAUGCUGCCCUUCCCUGACUCUGCAGUUUGUAUCUUCCUCAUCGAAUAAUCCUCAUUAAGAAUCUGUAGGUCCACUGUACUAGAAAAAUCAAGGUAAUUAGUUUGGGCCAAUGCUAAUACAAAUGACGGAGGGGCACUAGACAUGAAACUAAAACUUAGGGAUGGCACCACUGUGAGUCCAAUCCCUUUGCCCUCAGAUGCACAUUUAACCUCUUUGAAACUUGAAAAAAGUUGACAUUUACGUUUAUGCCCAAUAGUACAGAUUUUAAGCUCUUUAAACUACUCUAAUGUUUACUUUGAAACAAUGAAUGAAUCCUUGGAUCAGACACCAGGAGAAUUGAAAUAUUGCCUAACAAAGGAUUCUGUUCUAAACUAUGCCAUAAUGCCUUUUGGUACUUAGAAAAUAAAGACAAAGUUUCUUGGCCUUUUCGUGAGGUGGAAACAACAAGCAGCAAGGACUCAGUGAGAAGAAGCUACUUUCCAUCUCUAAAAAUUGGAGAAAUUCCAAUCCUGGUGUAAAUUUACUUUUCACUUCUGUUUUACUAUUUCUUAAUGUAUUUUAUUUUGUAAACAGUUUUAUUUUCAGUCAACUUCCAGAAAAAUUAAAGGCCCUGCAGAAUGAGAAGCCAAUAUAAAUUAGAUAUUCUUAAAUAACUUACAUGAGAAGCCAAUAUCAAAUUAGAUAGUCAUUUAUACUUUGAUGCGAGAUUUUGGGGAAGAUCUUAAUGUAUAACAUUUAAAUUUACUGUUAAUAAGUGGCCAGCACUCUUUGAAAAUGGUAUUUAUGGAGAAUAUUCAAAUAAUCAGAAAGUAUCUUUGGAAGGGUUUCAUUACUAUGAUAAAACAGUUCAUUUUUAUAUACACUUAAAUACAUAUUCUGUGGCGUUAUGUAUGACUGUGGGCUAGUGUUCAGCAAAACUCAAAACUUUUCUGUGCAUCUAAAUCUUUAUUUGCUUCCCCCCUUUCUGAUUAAUUAAUGAAAUGACUGCCACGUGAUUUUCUUUUGAGUUUUAUAUCACGUAAA